AUGAAAGAUGCUCCUUUGAACGAAGUCAGUGUUGUGAAGAGAGGGACGGGUAGGAUUGGACAUGGGUGGUUUGAUGAGGAGGCUGCCAAGAUGAAAGAUGCUCCUUUGAACGAAGUCAGCGUUGUGAAGAGAGGGACGGGUGGGAUUGGACAUGGGUGGUUUGAUGAGGAGGAGGCCAAGAUGAAAGAUGCUCCUUUGAACGAAGUCAGUGUUGUGAAGAGAGGGACGGGUGGGAUUGGACAUGGGUGGUUUGAUGAGGAGGCUGCCAAGAUGAAAGAUGCUCCUUUGAACGAAGUCAGUGUUGUGAAGAGAGGGACGGGUGGGAUUGGACAUGGAUUGUUUGAUGAGGAGGCUGCCAAGAUGAAAGAUGCUCCUUUGAACGAAGUCAGUGUUGUGGAGAGAGGGACGGGUGGGAUUGGACAUGGGUGGUUUGAUGAGGAGGCUGCCAAGAUGAAAGAUGCUCCUUUGAACGAAGUCAGUGUUGUGGAGAGAGGGACGGGUGGGAUUGGACAUGGAUUGUUUGAUGAGGAGGCUGCCAAGAUGAAAGAUGCUCCUUUGAACGAAGUCAGUGUUGUGGAGAGAGGGACGGGUGGGAUUGGACAUGGAUUGUUUGAUGAGGAGGCUGCCAAGAUGAAAGAUGCUCCUGAACCAGUGUUGUGGAGAGAGGGACGGAAGUCAGUGUUGUGGAGAGGGACGGGUGGGAUUGGACAUGGAUUGUUUGAUGAAGAGGCUGCCAAGAUGAAAGAUGCUCCUUUGAACGAAGUCAGUGUUGUGAAGAGAGGGACGGGUGGGAUUGGACAUGGGUUGUUUGAUGAGGAGGCUGCCAAGAUGAAAGAUGCUCCUUUGAACGAAGUCAGUGUUGUGGAGAGAGGGACGGGUGGGAUUGGACAUGGGUGGUUUGAUGAGGAGUCUGUCAAGAUGAAAGAUGCUCCUUUGAACAAAGUCAGCGUUGUGGAGAGAGGGACGGGUGGGAUUGGACAUGGGUGGUUUGAUGAGGAGGCUGCCAAGAUGAAAGAUGCUCCUUUGAACGAAGUCAGUGUUGUGGAGAGAGGGACGGGUGGGAUUGGACAUGGAUUGUUUGAUGAAGAGUCUGCCAAGAUGAAAGAUGCUCCUUUGAACAGAAGGUGUACAAAUACUACUCGGUGCUCUCCAUCUAUUCCAAAGGCUGCAUACAGCAAACAAGAAAUCAAGGGCAGACAGUUCGAUUCAAAGUCAAUCUUGUUGACUAAAGAAGAGUACUUUAAUUUGAUUGAAACAGUCAAGGUUGCACUAGGAGCUGAGAAGAAGACGUUCCGGCAGUAUUACAUUCUACGGAGGUAUGAGAUCGUGCAGUGUGGAAACGAUGAGAAGUUAAUCAGAAAGAGAAAGCCAGAAUCAUAA